AUGCAUACAAGGAACAACCCAAAAGGGGAGUUAGUGCCUUUGAAUACUGAGUUAGAGAAGCUAGUACGAGAAAAUAGAAGGUUGAAAAGAGAAGAACAAGCUGCUCAAGAAGAGGCCGAACCCAUCAUCCCCUAUUUCAUUUUUCAAAUGUCAGACGACGAAAACAAUCGGCAGCCGCUGCCACCACCACCAAGAAGGACCAUUAGGGAGCUCUCAACGUCCCUCAUAGCUGGAGGUAUUCCAUCAUGCAUUCGUUACCCUCAACUGGCUGAAGGAAAGACAGGGAAUUUCGAGCUUAGGACUGGUUUUCUCCACAAGCUGCCCACUUUUCACGGGUUACCUAAUGAAGAUCCUAAUUUGCAUCUCCAAGAAUUCCAAUUUAUUUGCUCAAGCAUGACACCAGAGAAUGCAGAUGAGAAUAUCAUGAAGAUGAAGGCUUUCCCGUUUUCUCUUGCAGACAAGGCCAAGACAUGGUUGUAUAGGCUUCCAAAUGGCUAUAUAACCUCAUGGGAUAUCAUGCACAAGACAUUCUUGGAGAAGUAUUUCCCCACUUCAAAAAUUAUUGCAUUGAGGAAGCAAAUUACUGGAAUUCAGCAAGGCAUGGACGAGUCUUAUUCCGAAUACUUUGAGAGGUUUCAAACCUUGCUUACUCAAUGUCCUCAGCAUGGUUUGAGUGAGGAUAGUUUGUUGACAGCGUUCUAUGAUGGCCUCAUACCCAUAGAGAGAGAUAUCUUGGAUGCAGCAGCUGGAGGAUCAUUUAUGGACAAGUACAAUGAGGAUGGAAUGAAGCUCAUAGCAGAUCGUGCAUUGAAUGCACAACAAUUCAAUAAUACCUCAAGACGUGUUCAAACUUUCUCUUCAAAAGGAGGUAACGAUUCUGAAAUUAAAGCUCAAUUAUCAAAUCUAACCUCUAUGCUAUCUCAGGUCUUGGGUAACAAGAAGCAAGGAGCUAUGGCUUGUGGUGUGUGCUCAAUGGAAGGCCACCAUACUGAUCGUUGCCCUCAAUUAUAUGAGGAAGAAGAGGUAAAAGUUGUGGGAAAUUUUCAGCAAGGAGGACAACAUGUAAAGAAUGAUCCAUAUGCAUAUUAUCCUGGCUCGAGAAAUCACCCAAAUUUUCGAUGGAGUAACAAUGAUAAUGUAUUGGGCCCUUUUCAAGCAUCUCAUGGGAACAACCAUACACCUCCAGGGUUCACUCAACGUCCUCAAGGGGAAUUUACACAUAGCUCUGCCCCACAUCAAGCUUCUAGUUCUUCAUUGGCUCCAAUCUUGGAUAAGUAUGACAAGAUGUUCGAAGCUUUGACAUCCUCUACUCAACAACUCAUUCAAUCACAGCAAAAUCAAGGGAAGGAAAUUUCAGACCUUAAGAAACAAGUGGGAGAAUGUGUCAACAAGUUGAAUCAGUUGCAUGAUCAAGGAAAACUUCCAAGCAACACGAUACCAAAUCCAAGAGGAGGGUUUGAGUCCGCCAAAGUAGUAACAACACGAAGUGGAAGAGUACUCAGUGACGUCCCUAAGGCACAGAAGAAGGACAAAAGUGUUUCUGACCCUUCUGAGAUUGAAACUGAACUUGCAAUCCCAGACCCAGCGACUACGAGGAUUGAAGACUCAUUGCAAUCCCCAACGAAACCAGAAACCAAAGGAAGAAGAAGACAAGGGGAUGUUUUGGAUAUUCUCCGGAAAGUUCAAGUCAACAUUCCUCUCUUGGAUAUCAUAAAACAAGUGCCAAAGUACGCCAAAUUCUUGAAGGACUUAUGCACCAAGAAGAGGAAGUUCAAGGGGAAUGAAGUAGUAGCUCUUAGUGAGGAGGUGUCAAGUAUUCUUCAACAAAAGCUUCCACCUAAGCUCAAGGACCCGGGACAAUUCACCAUUCCAUGCACAAUUGGUGUAAAGAGGUUUGAUAAGGCUUUACUAGAUUUAGGAGCUUCUAUAAAUUUAAUGCCUUUCUCUGUGUUUUCAAAUCUUAAUUUAGGUACACUAAAGAAGACCUCUGUGGUGAUUGAGCUUGCGGAUCGCUCAUCUAUUCAUCCUUUAGGAGUAAUUGAAGAUGUCUUAGUAAGGGUGGAUGGAUUGGUCUUGCCUGCUGACUUCUUUGUGAUUGACAUGGAGGAGACGUCAAGUCCCACAUCAUUGCCUUUAAUUUUAGGGCGUCCCUUCAUGGCAACUGCUCACACGAACAUCAAUGUCUACAAGGGAACGUUGACUAUGGAAGUCCUUGGAGAAAGGGUAACGUUUCAAGUCUUUGAGCAUAAUGACAUCACGAAAGGAAUGGUGGGGCGUGAGGACAAGGAAUUAAGAGAAGAAGUCCGAUUUCUGAGGGGUUGGAAGGGGCAUAAAGUGAAGGAAAAACACUCUCUGAAGAACUUGAAUAAAGAAAAUAAAGGUAAUUUUAAUUCUGACAUUCAUUUACCUUUAACUAAUUGUAAGAGUGUUCUUGUUGAUAGGGCUCACUUAGGAAAUCCAACGCCACAAGAGGUAUGCUCAAUAACAGAUGACCCACCAGAUUCAACCAAGCACUCAUACACAAAGGCAAUGGCGAGGUUGUUUGAUAAGGCUUCACGUGGAGCCUUUGGAUGA